AAAAUUGAAUGGGCCCAUCCCUAGCUCUAUCAUCAACCUCCUAAGCCUCGACUACUUGUAUAUUGUGAACACGAACCUUACUGGCCCAAUACAGCCGGCAUUUGGCAACCUUCCCAACCUGACCGGCUUAGAACUUGCCCAAAACAACCUGAAUGGAACAAUUCCCGACUUCAUUUCUGGGAUGUCACAACUUCAAACUUU